GGGUCUGGAGAGGAGUUACUUACAAUCCAAAGAUAACAAUCCAUCUUGUGUGUACUCGCUUCCUGUACGUACGGAUUCCAUUGGUUCCGUUCCUUUGUUGCGUUCAUUCGGACACCCGAAAAACUCAGUCGGUGGUGUUAUUUUAUCAUGCUUGGUAGCAACUUUCUUAUCGCUGCUCUCGUGGCUUCCAUUGCGGUCGGAGUGAAUGCUCAGUUUGCCGGAUGUGACAGGCAAAAGACCUUCACUAGCGGUGAGGUGUUUUACGUGGAGUCUCCCAACUAUUCCAACUACUUCCCCAGCGGAACCAAUUGUCGUUGGCAGCUAACCGCACCAACUGGCAACACUCUGUACAUCAACUGCUACGAUGUAGUGCUAGCAUCGUCGAACUUGUGUGCUGCCGAUAGAUUGGAAAUUUCACUGCGUAAUGAUCCAACCCUAGCAUCCGCGACGAAAUAUUGUGGCCAAAAGGCGUUCGUAUUGCAGACCACGGGAAAUCAAGCUACAAUCGCUCUUCGAACUAUCAGCACCUCAAGUGGAGGCCGAUUCCGAUGUCAGGUGGUAGCGCAACCUCCGAAAUGUAGCUGUGGUUUACGAAGAACUUCCAAGAUCGUCGGUGGAGUAGAAACACGUGUUAACGAAUUUCCAAUGAUGGCCGGCAUGGUAGACUCAACGUCUCGUAAUGUUUUCUGUGGUGCAACAAUCAUUUCGGAGUAUCACGCUAUUACGGCGGUUCAUUGCAUGACUGGACGAAGCAUUUCGGCGGUCGGUCUGCUGGUGGGAGAUCAUAAUCUCUCGAUAGGAACGGACACUAGCUAUUCAGUGUUGAUGCGGCUUGCAUCCAUCACCAACCAUCCAUCCUAUCGGAGCUCACCAUCCACGAAUGAUAUCGCCAUUGCACGCACCGCUGAUCGAAUUGUCUUCAACGCAGCAGUCGGUCCGGCCUGCCUUCCUUUACGAUUCUCCACAUCUUCGUUCGAAGGUGCGGUAGUAGAAGCCACCGGUUGGGGUACACUCGAUUUCGGACUACCGGCUUCCAAGGUACUGCAGAAAGUAUCACUCAACGUUAUCUCGCAGCAGUCGUGCUCUUCUCAAAUGCCAAACAUCGUUGCGUCGCACAUCUGCACCUAUACACCUGGUCGCGAUACCUGUCAGUACGAUUCUGGUGGCCCCUUGUUCUUGACCUCCAGCGGCUACCUUUACCUAGUCGGCGUUGUUAAUUAUGGUUCUGGUUGUGCGACAAGCAAACCAUCCGUUAGUAGCCGCAUUACUUCCCAUCUGUCGUGGAUUCAGAGUGCAACACCGGGUGUUAAUUACUGCAAUCCUUAACUGAAAACAUCUAUGAAAAUAUAUAUUCACCGCUUGGCCGAUUUAUCUUUGCUAGCAUA